GGCUGGCGCCCCGGCCCCGGCCCGGCCCCCUCCCCCAACCCCAUGCCUCAGCCCUAACCCCGCUGCCCUCCCCUGCGGAGGGCAUUUCCCCGUGCCUCGGGCCCCCUGCCCGCCCUGUCCACGUCGGGCGCCAUGAACGACCAGUACCACCGGGCGGCCCGGGACGGCUACCUGGAACUCCUCAAGGAGGCCACCCGGAAGGAGCUGAAUGCCCCCGACGAGGACGGCAUGACCCCCACCCUCUGGGCUGCCUACCACGGCAACCUGGAGUCGCUGCGUCUCAUCGUGAGCCGUGGGGGGGACCCAGACAAGUGUGACAUCUGGGGCAACACGCCCCUGCACCUGGCAGCUUCCAACGGGCACCUGCACUGCCUGUCCUUCCUGGUGUCUUUCGGGGCCAACAUCUGGUGCCUGGACAACGACUACCACACGCCGCUGGACAUGGCCGCCAUGACGGGCCACAUGGAGUGCGUGCGCUACCUGGACUCCAUCGCGGCCAAGCAGAGCAGCCUCAGCCCCAAGCGUGGCAAGCUGAAGGACAAGGCCUUCCGCGAGGCCGAGCGACGCAUCCGCGAGUGCGCCAAGAUGCAGCAACACCACGAGCGCAUGGAGCGGCGCUACCGGCGCGAGCUGGCGGAGCGCUCGGACGCACUCAGCUUCUCCAGCCUCACGUCCAGCACCCUGAGCCGCCGGCUGCAGCACCUGGCGCUGGGCACCCUGCCCUACUCGCAGGCCACGCUGCACGGCACGGCCAGGGGCAAGACCAAGAUCCAGAAGAAGCUGGAGCGGCGCAAGCAGGGCGGCGAGGGCACGUUCAGCUCCGAGGACGGCCGCAAGAGCGUGCGCUCGCUGUCCGUGCAGCUGGGCAGCGACGUGAUGUUCGUGCGCCCGGGCACCUAUGCCAACCCCAAGGAGUGGGGCCGCGCCCCGCUCCGGGACAUGUUCCUCUGCGAGGACAGCGUCUCCCGUGCCACGCUGGCGCCCGAGCCUGCCCCGGAGGUCAGCACUGACUCCGGCCACGACUCCCUCUUCACGCCCGGCCUGGGCACCAUGGUCUUCCGCAGGGACUAGAGCAGCGGGCUGCACGGGGGCCGCGAGGACUCGGGGCUGGACGGGGCCGGCACGCUGCGGGGCCGGCUGCAGAGCUCCCCGAGCCUGGACGAGGACAGCCUGGGCAGUGCCAACAGCCUGCAGGACCGCAGCUGCGGGGAGGAGCUGCCCUGGGACGAGCUGGACUUGGGGCUGGACGAGGACCUGGAGCCCGAGACGAGCCACUGGACACACUUCCUGGCCGCGCUGCACCUGCGAUUUGCUGCCCUCUUGCGGCAGGAGAAGAUCGACUUGGAGGCGCUGAUGCUGUGCUCCGACCUGGACCUCCGCAGCAUCAGCGUGCCCCUGGGGCCCCGCAAGAAGAUCCUGGGGGCCGUGCGGAGGCGGAGGCAGGCGCUGGAGCGCCCGCCCGCCCUGGAGGACACGGAGCUGUGAGUGCUCAGCCUGGGCGUGGGGUGUGGGGAGGGGGGAUCUGCGCUCUCAG